ACCAAAAGAUAACUUCACUAUUAGUGGUUUGUUAGUAAAAGUGAACAUUGCCCGAAUAAAUGUCCACAUUGUGAAGAUGGGAAAAUCGAGUGGACUGCUAGUAGCUGCCGGCUUGAGAUUCAAAAACAUUGUUACUAGGACAAUGUCUUAUAGAGCAAAUAUCAGUCCAAUCGCGCGAGACAUAGAUGUGUUUCUAAACGUGACAAAUCCCGAUGUAAUAGAAUUCUCUUUGGAAAUGGAUGAAAGCUACCAUCUGAACGUUACUCUCGCCUCCAUCGAGAAAAUCAACGUUACUAUUACUGGAUCAACAUUUUUCGGCGUCCGUCACGGACUUGAAACUCUAUCGCAGUUGUUUAUUUACGAUGAUCAUAGAAAAUUUCCGCUGAUUGUCUCCAGCGCUUCUAUUCAUGAUAGCCCUAAAUAUACUUACAGGGGUUUGAUGCUAGACACGUCUAGGAACUAUUAUCCUGUCAGUUCUAUUAAGCGGACUAUAGAUGCAAUGGCAAUGGUAAAGAUGAAUUCAUUCCACUGGCACAUCACCGAUAGCCAAAGUUUUCCGUUUGUCUCUGAACGCAGACCUAAUAUGUCUAGAAUCGGAGCGUACAGUCCAAGUAAGGUGUACACUAAGAAGGUAAUCCAAGAUAUAUCGAGGUUCGCCUUGGUGAGAGGAGUACGCGUGGUUCCUGAACUAGAUGCUCCCGCGCAUGUUGGCGAAGGUUGGCAAGGAACCAACCUCACCGUCUGUUUCAAUGUCGAACCGUGGGAGGUAUACUGCGGAGAACCUCCUUGUGGACAACUCAACCCAAUAGACGAUAACGUGUACAAUUAUUUGGAGGACAUUUACACUGAUAUGGCAGAAGCAUUCGUGACAACCGACUUAUUUCACAUGGGCAGUGAUGAGGUGAACGAGCGUUGCUGGAGGUCAUACGAACCAAUCGAAAACUACAUGAGGGGAAAUUUUUACUUGGAACAAACCAGUUUCGUAGAAAUGUGGAGCUUCUUCCAAAAGAAGGCACAUUAUAAGGUUUACAAAGCGUUCAAAACAAAAAUUCCUCUAGUGAUAUGGUCGAGUACGCUAACGAACAGCUAUACCGUCGAGGAAUAUCUUGAUGUAAAGGAAUACAUAAUUCAGAUUUGGACGGGUUCCGGCGAUGUACAAGUCAGGACAUUAUUGAAUAAAGGAUUCAAACUGAUUCUUUCAAACCCGGAGCAACUGUAUCUGGAUUGCGGAUUUGGCGGUUGGCUCGAAGAAGGAGAAAAUUGGUGCACCCCUUAUAAAUCUUGGAAGGUUAUUUAUGAGCACAAUCCAUCAGAUAUUGCUGGCUCACGGUGUCAUCUGAUUUUAGGCUCAGAAGCGGCACUUUGGUCGGAGGAAGCGGAUGCGGGCAACCUGGACAGCCGCCUAUGGCCGCGUUUAGGUGCCCUGGCAGAAAGACUCUGGUCGGAUCCAACGUCUUCUUGGCGCGAUGCUGAACAAAGGAUGCUGCAUUUAAACUCCAGUGAAGAUGAAUUGGUAGAUAAUGACAAUGUGGAAAAUGAUGACAAACAAGAGCCUGAUUAUCUUUUGCAUUCACAUUCUUUUAAUGAUAUAGAUGCCAUUAAUAAUUUUGCCGCUUAUGAAGUUAAUGAUAGAAUUAACUAUAAUAAUGCACCUUCCGAAAACAAGGAUUACAUGAGGAAAUUUGAAAAUUCCUUAAAAGCAAAAUGUAUGGAAAAACGACAGCACAUUCACAAACGGAAAUAUUUAAAUACUUCAAAGCACAGAAAACAUGAAACAGAGGCAAAAUCCGAUGAAGAGGAAAAAAUACUUCCAAAAAUUCAGGUACAAACUGACGCAGCAGACUAUAUACACGUACCAGCGUACGAAAUGGAAAACAUUUUAGUUGAGGAUACAAAAUGUACGCCUGUCACCAGUACUGAACGUACACUGCAAAGAGAGCGUCAUUCGAAAAGUCAUCGUAAAAUGGAGAAACAUGGUCAAACGAUUGUUCAAAAUGUUACGUCCAUAAUGACACAAGAUAUGACGGGGCUAAUGUAUACAAAGCCAUUGAAAAUUUUAAAUACAGAUCUGAAAUCUAUUAAUUAUAACGUAAUUAACCCGAUAUAUAAACCAUCACCGAUGAUUCUUUCCAUCGCAUUCAGUAAUAUACCGCGUCUAUUUCAUUUAGUUGAAAAACAUUACUUUCUUCUAAAGUCAAAAACAUAUUGGCUCGAUUUACUAUUGUACGCCAUGAUAUCCAUCGCCGGACUUAUCCUUUCUGUAUUAUUUUUUUAUGUUGCCUGUCACAGAACAGUCAAAACAAUGGUCGUUCCAAAAUUAAUUAAAAAGUUUGUACAAACAGCGAUGCUGGUGUUGUGCAUUUUUUGUGUAUACAGGCAAGACUCAGACAUGACCAUCUUAAGACACGAAGUGAAAUCAAUUGUAUCAUUCACUUUAAACUGUGUAAAAAACUCAAGUAAUAUAUCACAGAAAGGCUGUUUGAAUGUUGAUAUUCUUAAACAAGUGGAAACUGUAAAUGAUUCGGUACGUGACGUGAAUGCUAUAUUGAAGUUAAUGGCCGGAAACAUUACUCUAUUAUAUGAUGAUCCACCGCGCAUAUACUGCAAAAAUUAUUCUUGUGGUUGGACCAGUGAUUUUAACAAUGCGGCAAAGCACAACAUACGUGAAAGUAGACGAUACCUGUUAGAACGCAUUGAUUAUUUCGAAACAUUUGCAAUAGAAGUAAUGCAAUUUAGUAAAAAGGCAGAAAACCUAAAGAACUAUUAUUAUGCGCCGUCAGCUGUGAUGCAUUAUCUCACCGUUGCAGGAACUUUUGAAAAUAUCCACUUCUACUUUUAUAUUAUUAGCGCUAUAGGUUUAGUAAUCCUAGAGCAGUUCAGAAAGAAAAUGACCUAUACAAAUAAACAGAUCAUAUUGCUAUACUCAGUUUGCAUAAUGGCAUUUUGUUGGCUGUGGGCAGCUCAGUCAACGGUUUUUUGGUUGGCCACUUCCGACUUCUGCACACAUCCUGUCAAGAGCAUUUUGAUAUUAAUAGACGAACCUGAAUACGAUCACGUAAUCAAGUAUUUCCUGACUUGCGAUGAAUCUUCCAAAUCCCCUGCUAAAAAACUCUGGCCGAGUAAUGAGUUCAGAUAUUGGGAUUUGCACAAUAUUACAUACCUACUUGAAUAUACGGAACUUCAAAUGUCUUUACUUAAAGACAAGUAUGGUGAGAAGGGUACUUAUUAUGUAUUUGAUCCCAAAACAGACCUGUAUUCGGUAAUAGAAUACGCAAUAGUAUAUUCUGGAAAAGAAAAAUUAGAAAAAAUUGUCUCGACAUUAAAUGAAGUUAUAUACGAUGGCUCUUCAAAGUCAAUCAGCUACAAUUUUUUGUUAAUACAAAGAGCGUGCAGUUCGACUCGAGAUUCUUUUAAACGUUUAUAUAAGCAAGCUUGCUCAUCGAUCAUACUUCUUCAUCAUAUAUUUUGGAGUAUGUUAAGUGGGAUCAGUUAUACUUUACUUAUGAUGAUUCUUUGUGGUUUAGAAUACCCCUAA